AUGAAGCCAUCUCAGCAACAGCCCAAAGUGGUCGAACGCACAAGCCACUUGACUCGGGCCUCCUCCACUUCCGCAGAUAACGCCUCCACUCUCUUUGGCCCAGGUUACAAUGACACCACCACAUAUGCCUCUGACAUUUCGCAUUUGAUCAACGCAUCCCAUGUAUCUCAUGCUAUCGCAUCGAGCUAUCAUGCCCUCACAACCCACGCUUUGCACCAGCAUAAGAGACGCCAUGCUCUGCCCCGAAGCUCUGUUGACCUUAACACGACUCGUGCACACCAGGCCAGUCAGGUCUCAGCCAGCCUCGACGAACUCCAUGUCGAAUUGCCGCCAUAUUUGCAUACCAAAGUGGCAGAAGACAACGUUUUCAACACGCCCAUGGCUUACUUCGAAGAAUAUCCUUCACCUCAAUACCAGCAGCUCGGCAACUACCACUCUCCUGCUGGAUUGCAGUCCAGCUACACUCAGCUUCGGCCAACACCAAAAGACUCGCAGGAAUUCAAUGACUCCAUGAGAGCUGAAUUCGGCACCCAAGAACACAGUUAUCGAGGCUUGACGUACUGGGUACUAGAUCGGGAACGCUACAUGCAUGUGAGAAGGAAUGAUCGGGACAUGAUCGACUGGGGAGAGGAUCUUUCGGGUAUUGGUGCACAAUUUGAUAACCAAACCCACUCGGAAAAGGCAGCCCCCAACAGUGGUGUUGGUGAAGAAGGGUGGAAUACCACGUGGGUGAACUCAGCUGAGAGACACGCAGGCUUGACAAGAAAUGACAGGUAG